GUAAUCCGCAGUAUUGUUAGAAAUGUAGGGGGAGAUCUCUCUCCAUCUCUGAAAAUGUAGACAGUACUACGUGAAGAAUCAGACAAUGAAUACUAGUUCAGACAACAGUUUUGGGCCACGUGGCUCAUCCCAGUUUAUCUUCCAUCUACCGCGGAAUACAUCUUUCUCCAUUACACAAACGCAAAAAACUGUGUCAGAAACAAAUAGGCUGAGAUUUCUUUUCUCUGCAACGAUAUUAUACAACUAACCUUUGUAUCUCUUUUGGGUUUGUAUACAAUAAGCAGCAGUUGAAGAAAAGGAGGCAAUGGCCAUGAUCAAUCGUCUGCUUCGCUCCACCUUCAUCAUCGCCGCCAAUCAGGUUGGUUCUCAUGUAGAGCAUCUUCCGGAAGUUAUCGGUUCAUGUAAAUCAUUAACUCAUAUGCCUGCACCAGUUAGAUGGAUUAGUACCGUUUCAACUACUGAUGAUAAAGGUUUUAGUGGUCAUGAUAUGUUGGCACCCUUCACGGCUGGGUGGCAGACAACUAAGCUGGAUCCCUUAUUAAUAGUGAGGUCUGAGGGAUCUUACGUUUAUGAUGUACAAGGGAGGAAAUAUCUUGACACCCUUGCUGGUUUAUGGUCCACAGCUUUAGGGGGGAGUGAGCCUCGUCUCGUAGCAGCUGCUACCAAACAGCUGAAUACAUUGCCAUUUUACCAUUCGUUUUGGAACCGCACAACAAAGCCUUCUUUGGACCUUGCUAAGGAACUUCUGAACACGUUUACUGCAAAGAAAAUGGCGAAAGUGUUUUUCACAAGUAGUGGAUCAGAAGCCAAUGAUACCCAGGUGAAGCUGGUAUGGUAUUAUAACAAUGCACUUGGAAGGCCAAACAAGAAGAAAUUUAUUGCUCGAAAGAAAUCAUACCAUGGUUCAACUCUUAUCUCAGCUAGCCUUACCGGCCUUCCAGCACUACAUCAAGAAUUCGAUCUGCCAGCCCCAUUUGUAUUGCAUACUGAUUGCCCUCACUAUUGGCGUUAUCAUCUACCAGGUGAGACUGAAGAGGAUUUCUCGACCAGGUUGGCAAAUAACUUAGAGAAUCUUAUCCUCAAAGAAGGACCAGAAACGAUAGCGGCCUUCAUAGCAGAGCCAGUCAUGGCAGCAGGGGGUGUGAUCGUUCCCCCAGCAACCUAUUUCGAGAAGGUUCAAGCUGUGCUUAAGCGGUAUGACAUUCUUUUGAUCGUGGACGAGGUGGUCACUGGAUUUGGUAGGCUUGGAACGUGGUUUGGGAGCGACAAAUAUAAUAUCAAGCCCGACCUCGUCACCCUGGCAAAGGCUCUCUCUUCUGCAUAUAUGCCAAUUGGAGCUAUUCUAGUAAGCCCUGAAAUUUCUGGUGUCAUACAUUCCCAAAGCAAUAAACUAGGUUCUUUCUCCCAUGGUUUUACUUAUUCUGGGCACCCUGUAGCAUGUGCUGUUGCAUUGGAAGCAGUCAGGAUCUACAAGGAGAGAAAUAUAGUGGAGCAAGUUAACAAAAUUGCGCCAAAAUUCCAAGAUGGUUUAAAAGCCUUUGCUAACAGUCCCAUCAUCGGAGAGAUCCGUGGAACUGGCAUGAUUCUUUCGACAGAAUUCGCUGACAGCAAGUCUGCAGACGAUACUUUCCCUCCCGAAUGGGGUAUUGGUGCAUACUUUGGAUUGCAGUGCCAGAAAAAUGGGAUGUUGGUUCGCGUAGCUGGUGAUGCUAUAAUGAUGUCUCCUCCACUAAUAAUCACUCCCCAAGAAGUUGACGAGUUGAUCAGUAUAUAUCAGAAGGCUUUGCAGGAGACUGAGAAGAGAGUAAAAGAGCUCAAGUCCCAGAAGAAGUAAAGUUGACGGCGUUAAAAUUUUCUGGCCAUGCAACGCAAAUUGUUGGCCUUUUCGUUAACAUUAAGGUUUAAUGAAUAGGAUUUUCAGUAUAAUGAUAUGAUAUUAAUGUUAAAUAACAAUAAUAUAUGAUGUAAUAAGAUUGAAUGAUGGAAAGGCUUUG